CUAGGACUCUGGAUCGACGAAGGGAUCAGCGGGCCCGCGACGGCCACGAACGUACGUUAAUUUGGCAACACCCUCCGGCACCGCGAGAGUCGUCCCUGACGCAAAAUCACGUGGCGGUAUCGGAAACACCGAAGCAAUUCGGCACUUGGUAGAAAUGUAUAAACAUCGAAAUCGGUAGACCUUAAUUAUAUAUGGCAAUAAAACCGACGUCGCGGAUCCGUGGACGCGACCUCGAGAUCUCGACGAAGAAAUAAACCGAGAAUGGUUCAGCGUCCAAGGCAUUUAGUAAUUUAAUUUCGAAAGGAGUCCGAGUCUUCUCUUCCCGUCCCUCCGAGAUUGGGCUCGAUUCGGCCGCUUGGCGCCGGACGGGACGCAUGCGUCGCGACGCUCCGUUACCCGCGGUCCGACGACGCCCGUAGUUACUCGGCGAUCUCCGUCUCGCGUCCGCGCCCGUCCACGACCCGUCGCCAUGUAACCGCGCCGCCGCGUCACCGCCGCGUCACCGCCCCAUCACCGAAGCGUCUCCGCCGGCGUCGCGGGGCGAUGUCACCGUACGGCGGUGCGGAGGUUCCCCGCGGCCCCGACUUCCCGGCCUAGAGCCACCGAGAGUUUCACGGCGGAGACGAUGAACGGCACCGACGUCGUCUCGGUCGAGAUCUCCCGCAACGUCAGCCAGAACGACUCGAUCGUGCUCAACUGCGACGCGCACCUCCCGGUGGUGUCCCUCGUCACCCAGGUCCUCUACUCCAUAGUCUGCAUCGUCGGGCUCCUGGGCAACUCGCUGGUCAUCUACGUGGUGCUGCGCUUCUCGAAGAUGCAGACCGUCACGAACAUCUACAUCCUGAACCUGGCGAUCGCGGACGAGUGCUUCCUCUUCGGGAUCCCCUUCCUGGUGACGACGAUGAGCCACUCCUGGAUAUUCGGCGAGGUGAUGUGCAAGGUCUACAUGACGACGACCAGCGUGAACCAGUUCACCAGCAGCAUAUUCCUCUUCAUCAUGAGCGCGGACCGGUACAUCGCCGUGUGCCACCCGAUCUCCUCGCCGAAGAUGCGCACGCCGUUCAUCUCCAAGAUGGUCUCGCUGACGGCGUGGGGCACCAGCGCCCUCUUCAUGAUCCCCGUGUUCCUCUACGCCAACGCCAUGCCGGACCGCAACGGGACCGUCAGCUGCAACAUAUACUGGCCCAACUCCGGGGGCAACGAGACCGCCGGCGACGACCCCGACGCCGACCCCGACGGCCAGACGUCCUUCAUCCUCUACACCUUCGUCCUGGGCUUCGCCAUACCUCUGGUGCUCAUCCUCGUCUUCUACACCCUGGUGAUCCGGAAGCUGCAGACGGUCGGGCCGAAGAACAAGUCCAAGGAGAAGAAGCGCUCCCACCGGAAGGUGACCAAGCUGGUGCUCACGGUGAUCACGGUCUACGUCCUGUGCUGGCUGCCCUACUGGGUGAUGCAGGUGGCCCUGACGUACACGCCGCCCAAGAAGUGCCAGUCCAGGAUCAGCAUCACGGGCUUCCUCCUGUCGGGCUUCCUCAGCUACUCCAACAGCGCGAUGAACCCGAUCCUCUACGCCUUCCUGAGCGACAACUUCAAGAAGAGCUUCCUCAAGGCCUGCACCUGCGCCGGGGGCAAGGACGUCAACGCCACGCUGCACGUCGAGAACAGCGUCUUCCCCAGGAGGACCAAGGCCCACGCCGACAGGGCCCAGGGCCACCGCGGCCCGUCGAGGCGCUCCGGGGACGACGCCGACGACGAGGAGGCCGAGAGGGGCCUGCUGAGCAGCAAGACGUCCACCACCGCGAUCACCAAGGCCGCCGCGAUCACCGCGACCGACUCCCAGGAGCAGCCUUACCGAGGGGGCAAGGACGCCUUCAAGAACGGGCUCACGAUGCUCACGCAGGUGUAGGGUUCAUCUCUCGAUGGCUGCCAUAUCAGUCGCCGUUCGUUCGGUGGGUAUUUGUAACGCGCGGAUCGCUGCGUGGCAUAUAUUACGUAUAUGUACGGUGUAACGAUGUCUGUACCACGAGAAACGCCCCUUGUCACGGCCUCGCUGGAUCGAAAUGUGAUAGUCCCUCCAGAAUCCGAUCCCGGGGCGCCUCGCGGCAGGUCCAAACUUCGUCCCGAUCGUAGGAGAGAACUCUCCGUGAUAUCUAGUGGGAAAGAGAAACGACGACACCAAUCGCGACUCCCAGAACUCGAUCGGGUGUAUCAUAUAUAAACUAAGAAACGUAAGAAUUUUUCAAACAAACGGAACCAAAAGGAAAGACUUAUUUAAAUAUAGUUAUUUUCCGGUAAUCAGAAUUUAAAACUCACUAUACGAGACGUUGGAGGUGUAACGCGCAAAGAACUUUGGGCAACCGAGUUCCGUACUCGAAAUAAAAAGGACCUGAUUAUUUGAUAGAAACGUCGAUCCACCAUUCCAGCAGGAUCCCGGCGAGGUGCGGAAAGUAUUUUGUACGUACACGUAGGAAGCCGCCGAGGCAUUUCGGGCACCGUUUGGAAGGAAGUCGAGGAACGCGUAAGUAUAUUUGCAUGGUGCGAGUCGACCGGCGCAAAGCAAGUACCCGGGGGAGGAAUUAAGACCGUUUCCAAACAAUUCUCUCUGUAUAUUAUCGUCGAAAUCGAGUAACAAAUUACGACGUUCCGGCUAUCGAGCGGCAAAGUUACAUCCAAAAGGAGGACCAUACGAGGUAUACCCCGUCCGCGUGUAACGCAAGCAGCUGGUAUAUCUUACAAUUAUCUAACGGGACGUUACACGGGGAGUUAAAUGUGUAAAUGUAUUCGAUAUGCAUAUGUAUAUAUUCUUUGCUUAUCGAGGAUCUAACCCUGAGGCGGAGUCGUCGGUGACGCGAGAGUUGUAAAAAAUAAAUAAAAACCUCUUAAGAUUA